CGGCCUGCAUCACAAUAAUCCACUGGUGUUUAUUUUUAGAAGCGCUCGGCCGCUGCACACGCACACGCACACGCGUGAUCCUCCGGUCAAUAAUUCAUACGUCGCGGCCGCGGCAGCGGCGCGAAACACACUGCGGCUCCAGCCAGGACGGCAAACAGCGCGCGGCGUGACGAGAGACGCGCCAAAACUACUGCGAGGCGGGAAAAGGACGCAGCGACACGCCACGCGGGCCCCCUGUGAGGUGUCUGAUCUGUGAGUGAGGAGUUUUGUUUAGAAGGUGGAUUCAUACUGUGUGGUCAGGUGUUACCCCUGCAGGGCUGGGAGCUGAUUUAAACAUUAAAUUAACUAAAGUUUGAUUAUCUUUGUGGGCAGAGUGGCUAAUCCUCAACUGAAAAGGACAAGUGACAACAUGACCACUAUGAGGUCAAUCUACCAGACCCACAAAUGGAUCAAACCACCUCCACCACCAUCGGCGACUCCCAAAGGCCACCGGAGAGGCAGCGGCAGCAUCGCACAGAUGUACUUUGAAGCAAACCAGAAGACAUCCAGGGAGGACUACACAACAGUGUACCAAAGGGAUUUCCCAGUGUGGAAAGUGCAAAAGUGCCUCCCGUUCAAGCAAGCCAACAGCUUCCAAGUGGAACUGGGAUUAGUCCUCACCGACGAUCCCUCCAAAAGUCGCUCUCAGAAAAAUUCGGUUCAAGGUGGAGCCAACUCGAAGCCGGUCCCACCUUUUGAAAGGGUCACCUGCUACAGAUCUGACUACGUCAGCCACCCAGUGCAGAGCACCGUGAGGGUGAAGCCUGUGCACAACACCAAAGGUCUGCUCUCUCAUCCCGCCCCGUCUUCCAAACCAGAGGCGGCAGGGGAAGUGGACAAAGACAUUUUUGAUGGAAACGGGGCAUUAUGUCCAGAGGUCAACAACUGGUUCCCUGAAAACUACCUCCAGGGGACAGGCCGAGCCCAAAACACGAGUCCACCCGCAGACCGUCCGGAACACACGUACACAGGCGCCAACCUGGUCCGGGCAUCGAGGAAAGCCAGAGAGGGAGGCCGGCAUCGCUUGUGGGGGACAACCAUGAAGGAGGAUUACAAACAUUGGAAGAUGUCACCGCUCUCCUCUGUCCGUAAAGACCCCAACUGGCCCGAGAGACCCACCUUUACACCGGGCCCACCCGAGCCCGCCGAGCGCCGCGCCACAACUCUGACGCCGUCCGCCACCAAGGCGACUCAGUGUCCUGCCGAGAACAGAGCGCGCGCCUCCUCGGACCCCAACCCCCCAGGCACACGCGGGUCCAGGACGUGCUGGACCAGCUCUUUCGACGGAGGAGGGACUUUGGCCGACGGCGGAAUCGGUGGGGGGCCCAAUGAGUGCCACCAAAUGAUCAGCUACAUGACUUCUAGCCAAAGCUGAGCGGUUGUGGAGAGCCGGCCCGAUGAGAUGUGGGCCGGCGACCCACCACAUCAGGUAGCCUCUGAAUAAAAAGCCAUUAACGCAACUGAGAUUAUGUAACGGCAGCUAUUUUUAUACCAUUAAGCGGCUCACUGAUACUCUUAAGCACAACUCAUUUUGAGUGUUAUGUAAUCUACUUAUUUGACAGCAUUUUAUAUAUCGCGGUUGGGAAACAAGUUACACAGCGCCAUACGGUCUUUCACAGCAAUUACUGAAUAGCGUAUAAAUAAAUGAAUCUGGUGGGAUCAGUUGAACCUUUCAUCUAUGAUGAACAACAACAAUCGUUUGGAGUGAGCACACGGUCAAUGCUUAUUAUUCAUUUUAAACUCAAACUAUAUAGCAAGUGCACCCAUGUCAUCAAUACCAAACAAUGACUGCUGUAAUGAUCAAAAAAAUGAUAUUUUUAUUAAAAAAACAAAUAGGCAAAUAUCCUGAAAAGGAAAUGCCAUGACCUGGACACCUCUUAACGGUAAAACCAUUCACAUACAUAGCAAAAGACAUAAUCUUUCUAUUUAAAAAAAGUAAUCAAUACAAAAAAAAAAAAA